AUGUCCACACAAUGGAAUGCUGCUGCUGCUGCUGCUGCUGCUAAGUCACUUCAGUCGCGUCCAACUCUGUGCGACCCCACAGACAGCAGCCCACCAGGCUCCUCCAUCCUUGGGAUUCUCCAGGCAAGAACACUGGAGUGGGUUGCCCUUUCCUUCUCCAAUGCAUGCCUGCAUGCUAAGUCACUUCAGUCACAUCCGACUCUGUGCGACCCCAUGGACGGCAGUCCACCUACGCUCCUCUGUCCACGAGAUUCUCUAGGCAAGAAUACUGGGGUGGGUUGCCAUUUCCUUCUCCCAUACAAUGGAAGGGUACUCAGCAAAAAAAGGGAGAAAUUACGAAUUACGUAA